GCCAUCGUCCUCCCCAUUGUGGCGUACACGGACGAUGGCCGCGGACGAUAGGCAUCGUCCGCGCCAUCGUCCUCCCCAUUGUGGCGUACACGGACGAUAGGUCGCGGACGAUGGCACGCGGUUUGGUUUUCUAUUUAAAGAGCGUUUGUCAUUCAUUUGUGCAUACCUCUACAUAUUCUCUCUCACAAAUCCAACCAAUAUGAAUCCCGGCGACGACACCAAUAGUUCUAGUUCCUCUGAUGAGUCCAGUAAUAGCAUAGAUAUAGCAUUAAAUGCAGUCGUUGAAACGGCGAUGACGCAUUGCUAUGCGUUGAUGCAGCGCCAGGCGGCAGCGGCAGCGGCCUCUGAGCAAGUCCAUAGACCUAUUCGACAUAGGUCGUAUAUCCGACGCGACCACGCGGAAGCUCACACACGUCUGGUUGAAGACUACUUUGCCGAUCAACCGCGAUGGGGCCCGGCUGUUUUUCGGCGCCGAUUUAGAAUGUCGCGGUACCUGUUUCUCAGCAUUGUUCGGACAUUGUCUUCACGUGAUGAAUUCUUCACGUUUCGGGAGGACGGCAUCGGCAAACCCGGCCUUACACCAUUGCAAAAGUGCACGGUUGCACUCCGUCAGUUGGCCUAUGGCACCACGGCGGACCUUUUCGACGAGUACCUCCACUGCGGGGAUUCUACAGGCCGCGAUUGUCUGAAGCGCUUUUGCCGGGGGAUAGUAGAGGCUUAUGGCGACACAUAUUUGCGCAAGCCGACUGCCACUGAUUGCCAGGGUCUGAUGCAGAUGCACGAGACGGCGCACGGGUUUCCUGGGAUGCUCGGGAGCAUCGACUGUAUGCACUGGCAGUGGAAGAAUUGUCCGACGGCGUGGAGAGGCCAGUUCACAAGUGGAUACAAGGGCAGCCACCCGACGAUGGUCCUCGAAGCCGUCGCUGACCAUCGGCUAUGGAUCUGGCAUGCUUACUUCGGCGUAGCCGGGUCGAACAACGACAUUAACGUCCUCAACUCGUCCACCCUCUUCACCGAUCAAUGUAAUGGCAACGGCCCGGCCAUCGAGUUCACUGCCAACAGACGCCAAUACCAUAUGGGGUACUACUUGGCCGAUGGCAUCUAUCCACGGUGGCCUGUUUUUGUGAAGACGGUUAGCUGCCCAAUUGGUGAGAAGAGGGUUUUAUUUGCGCAAAAGCAGGAGUCGGCGAGGAAGGAUGUCGAGCGGACAUUCGGCGUGCUCCAAUCACGGUGGGCAAUUGUGAAAGGGCCGGCUCGUUUCUGGUUCAAGGAUGUCAUCGCCGAUGUCAUAUAUGCGUGCAUAAUCAUGCACAACAUGAUAGUCGAGAAUGAAGGCGGAAGCAUCACCGAUUGGAAUGAAGAUGAUCGUGCAUCUAGUUUGGCCGGCGCGUCGACCGAGCCACCCGAUAGAGGGUUACCGUUAGGCUUCAACGAGGUUCUAUCUAGACAGGCCUCAAUGCGCAACCAACAGGAUCAUGCGCAGCUCAUGAACGACAUGAUCGAAGAAGUGUGGGCUCGCAACCGCCGUUGUUGAGUUCGCGUUUUUUUAAUUCGCAUUGUAAUGUAUUAAUUUUUAUUCAAUGAAAUGAAGUUUUUGAAAUUCGUAUUUUAAUGUAUUAAUUUUGUUAAAUUCGUAUGAGUUUUGUAAUAAAUAUUAAAA